GGAGGAGAACGGACAGCCUGUGAUUCGGAUUGGUUAGAUGGGUUCUCUGAUUGGACUGCAAAACAUACAGCUUUCUGCAGUGUGAUUAUGAUUGAAGAGUUGCACCAAAUGACACCGAGAAAGGGAGGUAGACAAAAGAAUGGGCAGGUCUACAAACUAAAGUGAGGCAGAUCAAAUUCUUUGUGCACAAGCUGUUGUUUUAUGCGAAGGGUCUGCUGAAAACAAACUGGAACCUGAGAUCGUGGCGAAUUGAAUUUCAUCGUCGUAUUUAAUGUUGUAGUAAAUGGUGAUGCUAACCUUUUUUACUUUGAAAUAGGUUUCUGUGCAGGAGUCCCUGGAAAGGGUGUGAACGCAAGGCUGCAGGUCGUACACUCCACGAUGGAAGCUCCUGCUCCUGCCCAGCCCACAGUAGAGGGCCCUUCUGAUUUCUGGAGGCGGUCGGGGGGGUGUCGGAGGCGGAAAGCUGCCUCCCCAAACAUCUUCCAGGGGGUAAACCUGCGACAGCUGCAGUGCCUCUUCCGGAGGUCAGGGGACCAGCGAGCAGAGCAGAGGGCAGAGCUGGUGUGGGAGCACGGUGAUGAGAGCGAGCUGGCUCAGGCGCUGAUCGGACUGAGGCGAGGGAGGAGUCGCAGGCACAGGACUGGCCGGGGUGCUCUGGGACCGGUCUGGCUCAAAACUUUUGGGAAGAUGAGAAUCAAUGAAGGUGAUACAGAAGUGGAUGAUGAUUAUGAUUCAGAGGCUGAUUCCAGCAGCACUGACACAACUAUAGACGCCCAGUGUGAUGCACUGACUGACAGAGAGGCCGACAGCGAGCAGGACUCAAACCAGCAAGCAAGCUCACCCCGGAGGAGGAGCACUGGGAAGCAGGAAACAGAGCGGGACCCUGAGCGAUACCUCCAUCGCAUCCUGCAUUAACGACGAUGGCAGGAGCACACAAGCACACUACAGAUCCACAGCUGCCCAGUGUCCCGACUGAUUAAUACUACUAUGACUUGGUCAGCAUAGACCAUUACAGUGAAUUUAACAGCAAAAUGUCUUUUUUUUUUUAACAAAGGAAAGCCUUCGCUUUUAUUAUUACACUAUAUAUUAUCCCUCUUUCAUCACACCAUUCCAGAUUUCUAAAACAGCAUCAAAAAGGUUUUAACUGUGAUUUUUUAUAUAGAAAGGUAUAUAUAAAUUUAGCUGCCAAGUUUGUCAAACAUCUGUCACUCUUUUAGCAAGAUACUCGUGCCCUAGCUACUACUUGCAGCAAUAUGCAGGUUAUCAAUUACAGGGUGAAUUUUCUUGCAGGAGAGGAAACACUACAAUAUCACAGAUAUGAAUAUAACUGUCCCUGAACGGAGCUGCUAUGUAAAACACUACUUGUAGUCCACUGCCUCAGGUGACACGACUGAUCAAAGUAACCUGAGAAAGAGGAGGGGAGCAUUUCAUUUUCAAAGAUGGGCUAACGCUGCUUUUAAAACAAAUUACCUAUGAGGGACACAGACAUAGAAAACAUUUUUGAGUUCCUAAAAACUGUUUUCUUGUAGGAAGUCGGUGUGCUGACUGACCCUUCCUCACAAGUGCUUUUUUUGGUUUGUUUCAACGAAUAGAUGUAUAGAAAUAUUUGAAAGUUAGAAAAUUAAAAGGUCACCAUAUUUGUUUUUUGUCUGUCUUUCCAAAAGUCCACAAAACUAAAUUCAAUGUAGUCAUAUUUUUCAGACCACAAAUACUGGUUAAGAACACAUAUUGUAAUAUGUAUUGGUCUAAAUAAAAACUGUACCUGUCUUAUGUAUAUCAAGCAAAAUACUUGUUAUUUAUUUGAUUUGUAAUGAAUAACUAUGUUGAUAAAAAGCUAGUGAUUAAACUAAAUUUGAGUGUU